AUGGGGCAGCAGGCUACAAAUGCCUUUGCAAGCUACUUCAGUUCGGUUUUUCAUGAGGGUAAACCGCAGCUGGACGUUCUGCUAGCCCAACGAGACAGUGAUCGAGAUCAAGCGGGUAGUGCUGCUAGAGUAGCCAUCAAGAGUAUUAGUUCGUGGUUUACUUUGGAGACGUACGCUAAAGGCGGUAUGGUGGCAGCAGAGAAGCUGAUCAAGGAAGAGUUUGUGGCUUACAUGUACGCGGGGGGGAGGGGAAGGGUCAUCAACCGAGCGGAGUACUUGAGAUGGAAGUUUCGAGAUCAAGAACAGAUCCACACGAGGUUGGCAAGGACUUUGGUAAAAUGUUUUCCCAAGUUAUCCCUCGACGUUGUGGAGGGCGAAGAAUAUUUAGGGGCCAGCUCUUUACACCUGGCCAUUGCGUACAGUAAUAACGAAUUGGUACAAGAUUUAGUAGAAGCAGGUGCUGACGUUAGCCAAAGAGCUAUUGGAAGUUUCUUCCUUCCUCGAGACCAGCAGAGGGUGCCGCCAGCUCGUCAAACUAACUACGAAGGCCUGGCCUACCUUGGCGAGUACCCGCUGGCCUGGGCCGCGUGUUGUGCCAAUGAGGCGGUAUACAACCUUCUUUUAGACUCUGAUGCCGAUCCUGACGCCCAGGACUCGUUCGGCAACAUGAUACUGCAUAUGGUUGUCGUUUGUGAUAAACUUGACAUGUUCGGCUAUGCCCUCCGUCAUCCAAAAGUACCAGCGAGUAACGGACGGAUGAACCGCGCUGGGUUCACUCCACUGACCCUGGCGUGCCAGCUCGGUAGAGCGUCCGUUUUCAGGGAGAUGUUGGAGUUAUCAGCCAGAGAGUUUUGGAGAUAUUCUAAUAUAACCUGCUCAGCGUACCCUUUGAAUGCUUUGGAUACAUUACUGCCGGAUGGAAGGACUAACUGGAAUUCAGCUCUAUUCAUUAUCUUAAACGGCACGAAACAAGAGCAUUUAAACAUGUUGGACGGCGGUAUUAUUCAGAGAUUAUUGGAGGAGAAAUGGAAAACAUUUGCGAGGACAAAAUUCCUCAAACGUCUCCUAAUCCUAAUGCUGCACCUUCUCCUACUGUCAGUAUCAGUAUAUUUACGUCACAGUAGUGCGGAAGCCGACGCGCACCCUAACUGGGGGCUAGAAGUUGCUGAUGUUAGGAGCGGAGUCAGGAUGGCCAGUGAACUCGGCACUAUACUCAGUACACUGUGCUAUAUUAUACUGCAACAGGGAGACGAACUCAAAAAUCAAGGAUUGGUCGCGUAUUUUAAACAGUUGAUUCACGAACCAGCCAAAUUCAUAUUUCUGGCGUCAAACUUCUUGUUACUAGCGUGUAUCCCGGCGAGGCUUUUACGGCAGACGAUGGUGGAAGAGGCCUUGUUGAUAUUUUUACUGCCAGGUUCUUGGUUCCUCUUAAUGUUUUUUGCAGGAGCUGUAAAACUGACGGGACCAUUCGUGACCAUGAUCUACAGUAUGAUCACUGGCGACAUGUUCACAUUCGGCAUCAUCUAUUGCAUCGUUCUGUUCGGGUUUUCGCAGUCUUUCUACUUUUUGUAUAGAGGGUUUCCCAAUGUGCAAUCGACGUUGUAUUCAAGCUACCCGAGCACCUGGAUGGCGUUGUUUCAAAUAACUUUAGGAGAUUAUAGCUACACAGACCUUGGACAAACAACGUACCCAAAUCUGUCGAAGACUGUGUUUACUGUGUUCAUGAUAUUUGUGCCUAUCCUGUUGCUGAACAUGUUGAUCGCCAUGAUGGGCAACACGUACGCACAUGUCAUUGAACAGUCGGAGAAGGAGUGGGUCAAACAGUGGGCGAAAAUAGUGGUGUCUCUAGAACGUUCUGUGGCGCAAGAAGACGCUCACAAGUAUCUACAAGAGUACUCUAUAGGGCUUGGACCCUCAGACGACCCUCGGUACGAACAGAGAGCUGUCAUGGUCAUCAAGAGUAAAGCCAAAACCAGGGCGAAGCAGAAGAAAGAUGCCCUUACUAAUUGGAAGCACGUAGGUAAAGUGACGAUAGCUGAGUUGAGGAGACGAGGCAUCAGCGGCGAGGAGCUGCGGCGGCUGAUGUGGGGCCGCGUGUCAAUAUCUACGCCUACUAAAGCGCCCAUGCCGAGAAGAGCCACUGCCCCUCCAGAUUGCGUGGUGUCGUCAGACGUGGCUCUCGCUGCGGAAGUAGGGAACGGGGUGGCGCCAGCGCUGUCUUCAGCUCUCAACGUCAUGGCGUUCACACACGAGCUCGAUCUUGGGACUACUGAACAAAAACAAGCAACACCGGAUUUACUAGUAAAUGGUAAAACACCAACAACAAAUGUUCAGUCAACGCAACCACAAGUCACUUCUAAUACUCUGACUGUACCGUCAACCCGGCCUGAAGAAGUUAUAUUUAUCAAACCUGUUCCGUCAAUCCAGCCUGAUCCGAAAAUCAUACCGUCAAACCGACCUGAAGCGGCUCCGUCCAUAACGUCAAACGUACGGCUCAAGCCUACAGAAAUAGUUCAAUCAGUGCCACUUCGUAAUGUAAUAACAACGGUACAAAACCCAGAAGCUAUUCCUGGAGCGAUGUUAAAUAUUAUCGACGUCCAGCAACCGAAGGAAAUACAUAUUAUAAAGCCUACAGAUGAAAUAUUCCGAGAUUAUUUACUAGAACUGAUAACUCUGGCAGAGAAGACGAAUCCCGACAAUUUCCAAUUGAAGGAUUUAGCUGAAAAGGCGUCGCAGUUAGACGAUGUUCCUCUGAUUGACAUCAAUUUAAGCACGACAGUGAAGUCUGCGCGCAAGGUAGUCGCAGGUGCUGUGUCAGGCUUGUUCGGAGUGGCCGCGGACGCACCGACCGCUGACUCGGCGUGGCGGAGAGAGCGGCAAGACAAUAGCGAUAGUGAUCCUAUAUCAGAAUCAGUACUCCUGGGUCGUGCAUCGCGGGCUCGCCGGGCGCGGUCCGCGUCGCGUCGCGCCGCGCCUCCGCCGCCACAUCUCUACGUGCCUGCCAGGUCAAUGUAUCUCGUGGCGUCAGAGAGUAGUGCUAUUGAAAGCGACGCUCCCUGGGAAGACCAGCCCAGCUCAGGAAACAGUUCUGCUAUAGGAAAUAAGAAAGAAGACGUAGCGCGUAUCAGAGCAGCUCGUCCUUUAUGCAUUCAAUACGCCACUACAGGCCAAGCUCUUCCGGGCGAACAUUCCCUGUUUGUUAUAGGGCCUGGAAGUGGUGUAGAAGUAGAUAGUGCUGCGCCCGCGCAGAUCAAAAUCGAAAAGAGAAUUCGACCGAAAACUGCAAGACCUAGGCGCAAUCGGGUAUCGCCGACUCCAGCAGUAGAAACGACAGGCAGCCCUUUAGAGCCGUGGGCAACUGCUCCUCUGACGCGCUUGUCUCGGCUCAUACGAUCUUCCAGCAGCUCAACUACAUCACUGACUUCACAUACUUCCAUCGAAGAAUCGCCACGGAGAUAUUAAUGUUCAGUAAAGUUUAAAGGCCAAAUCCCGAAACUAUCCCAACCACACGUUAAUGGUAAAAAUAAACCAAUCAAAUUAACUCAUUUGUAUACAGUUAAAUAUUCUUUAUUCUGAUUGGUCCAAAUUUACUUUAAAUCCAACGGUAACUGAUAGUUUAGGAAUUGGCCGUAGAGAGUCAGAUGGUCAUCUAAUAGCACUUGGGUAUUAUAGCUUUAACAGCAAAUAUUUAUCUUUAGAAUGUAUGUAGAUAUUUAUGAAUUGAAUAUUGUAAUUUUAUCGGAUAUUCCGCAUAGAUAAAGACACGUAGCUAUCUACAAUAAUAAAUCUGUCAAAACAAAUAAAACACUGGUUUCAUUGCU